AUGAAAAUUCCUAGAUCAUAUAGACCUUUUUAUCAAUCCUUAUAUUUUACAAAAUGGAAAUUUAAAUUUUGUAGUGUAUAUAAUUUUUUUAUUCAACAGAUGGAUUUUGGGAGCAAAAAACAAAAAGAAAAAAUAGGUAAAGAAACGAAAAAAAUUCGAAAGAUUUUGAAAAUAUCAAAUAUGAAUAAUGAUGAGAUAGAAAGUAUAAAUCUUAAUGAGAAACAAAAAAUAACGAUUGAAAAAAAUAAAAUAGAUUAUAAAGUUUAUGAUUUUAAAUUACAAGAAAUUAUUAAAAAUUUUGAGAAUAAAAUAAAAAAAAUUUUUGAUAAUUCCUUAAGUAUUGAAACUUUUAACAAUAUAUCUGUUAUAAAAGACAAAAAAAAUUUCAAAUUAUCUGAUUUAGCUCAAGUGGUUAUUAAAUCAUCAAGUUUAAUUUAUUUUUAUCCUUAUAUGAUUAAUGAUAUACAAAAAAUAAUUCAUAAUUUAAAGAUAAAAGACAAUUCAUGGAAUCCUAUAGCAUCUAAUGAUAACCAGUCUAUUUUGUUGCAAAUCCCUCCUUUAACUAAUGAAGCGAAAUUAAAAAAAAAGAAAGAAGCAAAAGAUUUAUUAGAAAAAAUAAAAGGAGAUAUAAGAAAUAUACGUCAUAAAAUUCGUGAUGAUAUAAUAAAAAACAUAGAAGGAGAGGAAUGGAAAGUUGUUGAGAAAAACAAAUUAGAUAAUUAUAUAAAAACAAAAAUUAAAAAUAUUGAAAAUAUUUAUGAAAAUUCUAUUAAAAAUAUCUAA